AAGGCUAAAGAGAGCGAAGAAGGGGAGGGAGUCCAAGAGACAACCUUUUAGCUGAAACAAAAUGGAAGGUCCGACCUGAUUGGUUGGUCAGGACCUUUAAUAAGCAAAGCUGCUACUUUCCUUCCUCCCUCCUCCGAAAUUGACAAAUUGUAACAAAACGGGGACGCUCCCCCCCUUUCCCCAUUCAGCGGAGGGGGAAACAUUGCCGCGACUUCUUGCAAAGUAUCAGUGCGAAGGCUCGUUGCCCGUUUGACUCACUGGGAAGUAACUUGCAACCCCCUCCUCCAAAAAAAACCUCAACCCUUUUGGAGCUGUUUGUUUGUUUGUUUGUUCUUGCUCUCCCCGUCUCCCCCUCCUUGUCAAAAAAAAAAAAGGAAGCUACCCCGUGUCCCAGCUAUGUCCAUCUUGUUUGGGAACAGUUUUGCGCUUAGGUAAAUGUAGCCGGCAGAUUCCAAGGGGAUUUGGCUGCGCCGUUAAAUCGGAGGAAAAGCCUCUCUGGGGCUGCAGCCUGGUGGGGAAAAUGCGUGGCCCUUUAUUUGGGGUAGGGAGGCGCUACAGGGCUGCCGGGCUGGGGGCUUUACAGCGCGUUGCAGCUGCCGUGAAUGUGCAUUCGGUUGAGGGCGGUUAGCCAUUAGCCGAGCUCCAUAGCGGUGAAUUGUGGGAUGCCUGAGAAGCAAGCAGAAAGCACACACACAAUAUGUGUUGGCUCGCAAAAAAAAAAAAAAAAAAGAGCGAGCGAGGAGGCAGGAGGCUUUCAAAACCAAUGUAAUGUAACCAGCCAAAUGUGAAAAAAGGAGCUCGCCUUUCGCGGCAAGGAGACGAUCGGACCCUGAAGAGCAAUGUCUUUCAAAGAGAUCAAAGCAGGAGAAAAAGCCAAGCACACAGAAGACCAUGGCAAAAAGCAGAGUUCAAGUUGGAUCAAUGGAAUGGAGACCAGCUCCCAAGCAAGCACCUCUGCCGAGAAAAAAAAUCACCAUUGGAAAAGUUACAAGUUGAUUAUUGACCCAGCUCUGAAAAAAGGACAGCACAAACUCUAUCGUUACGAUGGGCAGCAUUUUAGCAUUCCUAACCCGGGUCUUGCCCCAGUGGAUUGUGUUGGAGAUCCCAGGAUAGGACGAAUAUGGACCAAAACGAAAGAGCUGGAACUCUCUGUCCCUAAAUUUAAGAUUGAUGAAUUUUAUGUGGGGCCGGUGCCUCCCAAACAAGUCACUUUUGCCAAGUUAAACGACAACAUCCGUGAAAACUUCCUGACAGACAUGUGUAAAAAAUAUGGUGAAGUGGAAGAAGUAGAGAUCCUCUACAACCCCAAGAACAAGAAGCACCUGGGAAUUGCCAAAGUGAUCUUUGCCACAGUCAAAGGAGCCCGGGAAGCAGUUCAGCACCUACACAACACAUCCGUCAUGGGCAACAUUAUCCACGUGGUGCUGGAUACGAAAGGUGAAAAGCGCAUGCAUUUCUAUCAGCUUCUUGUGAACGGACUCUACACUCCUCAGACCCUACCUGUGGAGAAUGAGCCAGAUGCGUCGCCCACUGUGAAUGAAACUGUGCAGAUGGCUGAUACUCUGAAACAACUAAAAGACAAUAGCGUUUCUUCUGUGGGAUCAUCAGCUACCCCAAACAGCAGCACCCCAUUUUCCCAUGAUACAGCCUUUUCCAGUUGCCGGCAAGAUACCCCAAACUCUUUCAGCCAGUUUACCCCUCAGUCCCAAGGAACCCCUCUCACCCCACGCCUAGGGACUCCAGUUUCCCAAGAUUCUGCAUACUCUAGUCGUCAGACAACGCCAGCAUACCACUUUAGCCAGGACUCUGGGUAUAAACCCAGAAGACAUGAAACAAAAUUUACAGAUGCCUACAACAGACGCCCUGGGCAUCAUUAUGUUCAUAAUUCAGCGAGUGUUUUCCGAGGGUCAGACCAUCAGUUCAGUGCAUUCAAAUCCCAUCAGCAAGAGACUGUGCAAUAUUCCCAAACUCCUCCUUUGAGCCACUCAGGUUCUUUAACUUACAAGUCUGCUUUCUCCCCCUACCAAGCGCCCUCAUCAUAUCCCCAGCCUGAAGAGCCACCACUUCCUCCAACCUCCAGAGACGUUGAGUACCGACGGCCGCCACCGCCGCCAGCUCCUACGGAGAUUGCUGUUGAAAGUAGCACCGCUACCGCCGCUGAGUUUGUUCCUGUGAAGGAAAAACCUGAGGAGCCCCCACCCCUGCCAGAGCCCAACAGUCUUAAUGAACCAACUGUGGUGCCCUUCACACAGACUCCAGAAAGGAGUGAGACGCCCGGCACCCCAACCACAGAAUCUGAAAUUCAGCACAACAGUUUGGACUCGAGGAUUGAGAUGCUCUUAAAAGAGCAGAGAACAAAGCUGUAUUUUCUCAAUGAGCAUGACUCGGACAAUGAGAUUCGAAUGGAAGGUAGUCCCAUCUCCUCCUCCUCCUCCCAGCUUUCUCCCAUCCCAACGUUUGGUUCUAACUCUCAGCCCAGCUACAGAGCACAAACCCCUUCCUCACGUCCUUCUAGCACUGGCUUGGAGGACAUUAGCCCAACGCCAUUGCCGGAUUCUGAUGAUGAUGAGCUGAUUCUUGGAACAGCUUCUCUGUGUCAGAAUUCAAAAGGCACAUCUGAUACUAGCAUGACUCCCAUCAACCAGCUGAGCCGAACUUCCAAAACGGAGUCCUCUGAGGCUAAAGAAAUGUUGCCUGAUAACAAUAGUCCAGCUCCAGAAAAAAUGGAAGAGUGUCAUCAGUCUUCAGGGGAAGACAUGGAGAUCUCCGAUGAUGAAAUGAACCAAUCUCCAAGCACAGACUGUGGCAAAAACAUUGUGGUGAACACUUCUGUUGGCACCUCCGCCGUGAUGGCUUCCUCCAUUCCCAUGCCUCCCCAUGGUUUUCCUCCCCUACCUCCCCCACCGCCACCCCAGCCAGUCUUCCCAAUGCCUCCUCCUCCACCUCUACCUCCCCCACCUCCACCAACUCACCCAGCAGUCACCGUCCCACCUCCACCCCUUCCAGCUCCUCCUGGGGUCCCACCCCCUCAUAUCUUGCCUCCACUUCCUCCAUUCCAUCCUGGGAUGUUCCCUGUCAUGCAGGUGGAUAUGAUCAGUGUCUUGGGUAACCAAUGGGGUGGCAUGUCAAUGUCUUUUCAAAUGCAAACCCAAAUGUUGAGCCGCCUGAUGCAAGGGCAGAACACUUACCAAUAUCCCCCCUUCAUGGGGAAUCGGAUGCAGUUUGUGAACCUUCCUCCUUACCGACACUUUACUAUGGGAGCAGCAGUCAACCGUGGACAGCAGUGGCCACCUUUGCCCAAGUUUGAUCCCUCUGUUCCUCCUCCGGGUUACGAGCCCAAAAAAGAAGAUCCUCACAAGGCCACUGUGGAUGGUGUCCUCCUGGUGAUUGUGAAAGAACUCAAAGCAAUAAUGAAAAGGGAUUUGAACCGGAAGAUGGUGGAGGUGGUGGCCUUCAGGGCAUUUGAUGACUGGUGGGACAAAAAAGAGCGUUUAGCAAAGGCAUCGCUUACUCCAGUAAAAUCUGGAGAAAAUAAAGAUGAGGAGAAGCCAAAACCAAAGGACCGCAUCACAUCAUGUCUCCUGGAGAACUGGAACAAAGGAGAAGGUCUGGGUUAUGAGGGGAUCGGCCUGGGCAUUGGGCUGCGAGGGGCCAUCCGCUUACCAUCUUUCAAGGUGAAGAGAAAGGAGCCACCUGAAGCUGCCUCAGCUGGAGACCAGAAGAGAAUCCGACCCUCGACUUCAGUAGAUGAUGAAGAUGAAGAAUCAGAGCGAGAUCGAGACCUGCCAGAUGCAGCCUCAGACCUCUCCAAGAAAGAUGGAGAAGUGGUCGGCCUCCGAAGGAGACCCGGAAGGCCGCUGGAGCUGGACAGUGAAGGAGAGGAGGAGGACUCAGCCAAAGAAGAAGAAUCCUCUUCAGAAAAGGAGGCAGAGCAGGAGGAAAGGGGAGGGGCGAUGAAAUCUGUGUCUGACAAGGAAGAGGAGGAAGAGGAAGACCUCAAUGAAGAGGAGGAAGAAGAUGAUGAUGAUGAAGAGGCUGAAGCAGAAACCAGUGAAAAGGAAGAAGAGCAAGACUCUGAAGAAGCAGAAGAUGUUGGAAGUCCUGCCUCCUCUAGAGCAGAGCUUGAGUCAUCUGAUGAAAGUGAGGAAUCCUCAGAAUUUGGGACAAGCUCUGAUUCCGAUGAAGAUGAAGAAGAGGAGGAAGAUGAAGAGGAAGAAGACUAUGAGGAACAGGUGGAAGAGGAAGAAGGGGUGUCUCUACAGCAAGAAAGAGAAGCCAUGCCUGCUGAUUUGGUAGUUGAGCCUCUCGCUCAGGAGCCUGAAGAUGACGAUGAAAAGGAGACCAUCCUGGAGUUGUUUCCAGUGGAAGAUUACAUGGAAGGGGCUCCUCUUGCACUUAUAGAACCUUUGAUGCCAGGAGAAGAGGAGCAGAAGGAAGAAAUCAAGCAAGUGGAGGAGGAAAGUGGUGAACUGCCCCAGGAGUCCAUGGCUGAAGUGCUGGUGGUUAUUGAGAGAGCCCAGGAGGAGAAGGUACCAUUGUCUCCGGUGUGCAGGCCAGUGGAGGAGCCUGAACUCGAUGUCGAACUGGAGUCUGAGGUGCUGGGUGGUCCGCAGCCAGAGACUCGGGAGGAGGGAAACCUCUAUCUACCGAUGCCGGUGGGACUUUUUGGAGAUGUCUUGGCCAGCAGCACCACCACCUCCUUUUCCACCAGGCUGGAUGAUAGCAGUUCUGAAGCCUCGGGAAAAAGCAGCCUGCCAGCCACAGCCGAGGAAGAGGACCAUCUCCCUCGGACUCCGGGGAGGGAAGUUCUGGCUCACUUGGAGUCUCCUCAGUGUCCCUUCGGUGCCGUACAGCCACCCUCUUCGCUUCCCCUCCCCUCGGUCAUGUCUGGGAAAGAGGAGGCAUUUCUCCUUCCAGACCAGUUCCCUGAUCAACUAACUGUGACCAAACCAGCACUGGAGGAAGAGCUCCCUCGGACUCCUGGGCGGGACAUCUUAGCCAAGUGCUCUCACGGUCUCUCCAAGUCCCAGAGCACAGACACUGUCCCAGCCACCCCUGGCAGCGAUGCUCCUCUCACGGGAAGCAGCUUGACCUUAAGUUCCCCUCAGGUCCCAGGAAGUCCCUUUUCCUACCCAUCCCAGUCCCCUGGUAUCAGUAGUGGUGGCAUUCCUCGGACUCCUGGGAGGGAUUUCACUUUCACCCCAACUUUCCCAGAGGUAGGUGCUACCCUUCCUUGCCUUUUGUCUGGCAAGAAGCCCUCUGAGGACGAACCUGAUGAGAAAAUCUUUAAAGAACCUCUUGGUGCUUCCUUAGUGGCUGGUGUGAACAGUGUUCCCUCCCCCAUUCCUUUUGCCAGCCCACCUGUCCCAGCUUUCCAUGCACAUCUUGACUUGCCCCCCAAUCAGCCAGUACCUCUUGCUGUUCGGCCUUGCUUGUCCAUGAACUCAAAGAUGCCUCUAGAGGAGGGCACCACGGAUGCACACCCUCUCUUGCCCUACGCAGAAGUCUCUGUGGUUUCUCCUCCCCUCCCGCCUUCAAUUCCCUCUUCUGUCCUGCCUGUCAAAAGGAAACCAGGUCGGCCGAAACGAUCCUCUCCGUUGGGCGCCAUGCUGGAUGUCUAUCCUGGCAAGCCCAUGGAGCCUUCUCUUCUUCCGAUCCCAGUUGCCUUGACUGAAAGCGCUGUGAGCAAAGAGUUGUUGAGUAGCCACCCGGAGGCUUUCUAUGCCCUGAAAGACCCAGAAGCAGUGACCCUGGACUUCCGGAAUGAAGGCUUCCAUGAGAAAGCCACCUCAGACAUUCUAGCUGAGAAGCUUCCCUUUAAGGAGCUGGAGAACCAGUGGAAUGAGGACUUGAAAGAGGAAGAGGCUUACCUGAAAUCCAAAAGGCAGUGGAGGCGGCAGAAGAAAAGGCCAGAGGACAUCCCGACAAUUCCCUCUCCUGAGUAUUCCCCGCAUCGGUAUCACUUUAGGCCCCGUUCCGAGUUUGAGGAGAUGACCAUUUUGUAUGACAUUUGGAAUGGGGGAAUUGACGAAGAGGAUAUCCAUUUCCUAUGUGUUACAUACGAUCACUUGUUGCAGCAAGACAAUGGCAUGGACUGGCUCAACGAUACCCUUUGGGUAUAUCAUCCUCCAACCAGCUUUUCUACUCCAAAGAAGAAGAAACGGGAUGAUGGGAUGCGGGAGCAUGUCACAGGCUGUGCCCGAAGCGAAGGCUAUUACAAAAUCGACAAGAAGGACAAGCUGAAAUACCUCAAUAAUAGCCGCGCUUUUGCAGAGGAGCCUCCGGCUGACACGCAGGGAAUGAGCAUCCCUGCCCAGGUCCACGUUUCCACCCGUGCUGGCUCCGAGAGGAGGUCAGAGCAACGCAGGCUUCUGUCGUCCUUCACUGGCAGCUGUGACAGCGACUUGCUCAAAUUCAACCAGCUCAAGUUUCGGAAGAAAAAGCUAAAAUUCUGCAAGAGUCACAUUCACGACUGGGGACUCUUUGCAAUGGAGCCCAUUGCUGCUGAUGAGAUGGUGAUUGAGUACGUGGGGCAGAAUAUCCGGCAGGUAAUUGCUGACAUGCGAGAGAAACGAUACGAGGAUGAAGGCAUCGGGAGCAGUUACAUGUUCAGAGUAGACCAUGACACCAUCAUAGAUGCAACCAAGUGUGGAAACUUUGCCAGGUUUAUUAAUCACAGUUGCAAUCCAAACUGCUAUGCUAAAGUCAUCACAGUAGAGUCCCAAAAGAAGAUUGUCAUUUACUCGAAGCAGUACAUCAAUGUGAAUGAAGAAAUCACUUAUGACUACAAAUUCCCCAUUGAGGAUGUCAAGAUCCCCUGUUUGUGUGGCUCAGAAAACUGCAGAGGGACCCUGAAUUAAACCCAAGGUGUUUUGCCACGCAUUGGCUUAAUCCAGACUGUGGUAACCAAGGGUGGUUGCACUUUUGCCAAAAAAAAAAGCGGGGGGUAAGAAGAAGAAGAAGAAGGAAAAAGAAGAGAGGAAUCUGUUUGGCACUUUCUGUCUGGAGAAGUGCAAAUUGAAGACACGCACACUAGGACUCUUCAAGCUGCAGGUGCUUUUCAUCUUCAGACCCAGAACCCUCCCUCCACCUUCCCCCCCCCCCAUGAGUAGUUCCCAUUACUCAGUGGCACCACAAAUCAAAACACUAUCUCUUCUCCUCUGCUUCCACUCUGCUCACUCCACAAUGGCGUAGCUGUCAUGGGUAGAGUAAGGUACCUUUUUUAUCAUUUUAAAAAAUUCAUGUUUUCAUAAAAUGCUGCUACCUUUUACUCAUUUUUUGUUCUGGAGGGUCAGGAGAAAGAUAUUCAACAUUUUUAAAAUGUGAAGCAGAGACUGAAAACGAGGCUGCGAGUGGAAUGAAAGCCAGUGGGGACUGCACUGUUAUGCGGAUGUCAGGGUUGGUUUGUUUUUCUUUGCAGGUUGGGGAUUCCUGUCUGGGUUUGUGAUGCCCAUCACUUGUCUUCUCUCAUAUCUGGAUCAGAGUGAGUUCUAGAAUACUUGGGUCGUGGUUGAUGUUACUACCUUAGCACCCACCUGGGCGAUCUGCACUCUGCUGCUCCAUGUUGGGGAGGGGGAACUGUAGAGUUAGAAACCCAAGAAUGAAGAAGACACUACCCUUUCUUUUGAAAAAUAGAGCUGGAUUUCCCCCUCCCCCUUUCUUGUAGCACUUGGUAUGUUGCAGACAUCUUUGGCCAUGCAGCGCUCUUGAGUGGGCUCCAUUAGGCCCUGCUCCCAUGCCUCACUCAAACCUCUCAGGCUUGCACAGGAAACUGGUGCAAACACCAGUGAGUAGAGGCUAAAUGGAUUGUGAGAUAGGACAUGUGUUCGACCCCAGCUCCAAACCAAAGGCUGCUUUUUCUCUCUGUGAUUUUUCUACAAUGCCAUCUCUUGCUGGAAAACCCUUCAACAGCAGACUCUUCUCCUUAAAAGACAAUCUUUUAGGUUUCUUUCUUCCCAAAUAUUCCAAACGCUUCUUAUAAGAGAAGGUUCCGCCUCCCUCAGCCAAGGGAAGCCAAUGUCUUACUUGCUGGCUGACGAAUCCUGUCUUAGCUCAGUAAGCUGGCAGGUACCCACAUGGUGUGAAAGUGUUGGGGUGAAGAGGAACGCAACUCUUUCAUGGCCUGAAAAAGCAGUGGUCCCCACGCCCCAAUACCAUUUUUAAGCAGCAAGCAAAUUUCUUGGUCUAGCUACAUCAUCAAUCUAAACUGCCUGUCCUAAACUAAUCUAGUGCUUGUCUGCAAACAAUAGAGAGAUUAAUUGGGAUUCUUCCUUAUGAGUAAAACCCAAGCAAACAUUGUAGUGGGGGGGAAAGUCUGUCUGUAUGUGUGUGUAUCUUUUAAAAUUAGUUCCAAGACUGUUAGAAGAGUGUUGAGGUGGGCAAAUAUUUCCGUUUCAGCACUUCUCAGUCUUGCUACUGGAUGAAAUUUACUGGACUUCAAACUCAGCUGUACUAGGAAUUAAUUUUCUAGCAAAGAAAUAAUAAUUAGAGUCUGCAUAAAUACUCUCUGUGUCAGGCAUUUCUCUCCCCCACCCCCAUUACCCAAUAGCUCUGGCAUUUUUUGUGUGCCCUGUGUGGUCUUGAUGGCGUCCAUCCUCUUCCUUUAAGGCAGUGGGAUUUUGCCAGCAAGUCCCUCUCACAGCACCUUUGUACUUAUCUGUGUUUCUGGCUGAGGUGGCUCUUUUCACUUUGUGGGUUGGGUAGUUUGAACAAUCUCUUGAAGUUAGGUCCCAAGGGCUCUGUGUGUAGUUUGGUUGGCAGACCAGCCUUUGCCAACUUGGUGCCCUCUAGUUGUUUGGAGCUACAACUCCCAUCAGCCCCAGCCAGCACACACUGAUGGGAGUUGUAAUCCAAACACCAGGUUGGCAAAGGCCAGAUCAGACCCUGCUUUCCUACAACGCCUCCUUUGAUGUGUCUGUGCUGUGGCUUUUUUUUAUGCUUCCAGCCUUUUGAGAUAGCUGCAUCCAUUUCAUGCAAUUCAGAAUACAGAAAGAACCUGUAUUUACAUGCUCCUGUCCUUUUCCUUAAUCUCUCUAAUGCCACAGCUGUAAUAUAUUUCCCCCCCUUGGGGAAAUAAAGCAAUGCUGGGUCUACUGUUAUCAUGGUUCUGCUAAUUAACCUUAGCCAGAACUUGAAGCAACUUCCUGGCAUAGGAGUUGUGACUCCACGCACGCAUGCACGCACGCACGCAAAAGGCCGAGAUGGCCAAGCUUUGUUGAGAGAGGUUUUCAAAAGUGUUUUCCUUCAUACGCACAAACAUACCCUGAGUUUUCUAAUUUGACUCUUCCAGAUCUGGUUAGAGUUCUCUUCCUUGAAGGUCUCUAUAUUGAAGGGAAAUAACUUUGGGAUGAAGGUGAUCAGAUCCUCUGCCCCCAUCCCAAACACGGGAGCACUUCUCCUUAAUAGCAGAUCUCUGGAAGGAAUGGUGACUCCAAUCUAGGUCUAGAAAGAAUAGCUGCAACCACAACCCUAACCUCCCAGGUCGACACUGUAACCCUAGCCACCCCCAUUCCCAAGAGCCUUCCCAGAGACUCAUCCACCUAUUCCCAAGCCUUGACUUUUCCACUCUAAAUGGAGGGCAGAGGGGGGAGUGUGUGAUUCAGGUUGGCUUUCAUUGAGUUUUUGCACUGGUAUUAUCUAGCAAAUGAAAAGGGACCUUUCUCUGCUUUCAGUCCCAGCCUGCGCGGUUUCAUACAAUCAUUUUCCCUGACUCCUACUUUCCAGUUUGGGAUUAAAUCUCGAAAGGAGCCAGUCCUGCUCUGGCAGAUAUUUAUAUUGUCAAAGCAGCUUCUUUCUACGACAGGAGAUAAAUUUAAUUUUAAAACUCUGAUGGAAAGUUGUUUCAGUUUAGUCAUUUGUGACCUAUUUUCAGGGAUCAUUUCAAUGCAUUUCUGUAGAAAAAGUUUUUUAAAAUGAGGGGGGGAAAUGAAAUGUUGACAUUUAAAAUGGACACAUCUGUACAUAGGCAGCCGUUCCAACUCUUCUCUUCAAACACUGUUUCUUGUAGAAACAUGUUGAUUUUUUUUUGUUUCUAUGUUUUUUGGCUGUUUUCUUUGUACUUCAAAAGCAUGUAAAUAAUUUGUUAAAAGUGGCUAUUGUAGUUUGGAGUUUUUUUAAAUGAUUGCCAGCCCAAGACCUCAAGAAGAGAGUAGAAGAUUGGCCAUGGGGAGGGGACUGAGGGGAAGAGCUGGCGCCAUUUACAGCUUGUGUCAAGCUAUGUAUAAUGUAAAUUCUGUACAAAAUAUCUUUUUUUUGUCAGAUACAUAGAUCAAACUAGAAGCAUUAAGAAGCUGAAGAUUUAAAGAAAAUGCCAAGUUGAGGCUUUUUUAAUUUGCCUUUCUGAUACCUUAACGUGCAAAAUCUAUUUAUUUCAGACGAGAAAAUGUGUAUAGUCUAUUAAUGACAACCUAAAAUGUAUUUAAGCAAAUCUGCAACUUUGAUUUUUUUUCAGAUUUAAAUUUUCUUCUUUUUAUAAUGUUUCUUCUCAAUUACCAAUGUAGUAUUUGUAGAAGUUAAAAAGAAAAAACCAUUAGCCAUGGUCUGGAGCUCCAAGGUGCUCCAAUGCACAUAUACAGCUCUGCAUGAGCAGGGUCUUCACCCAUCAGCAAAAUAAACCCUGCUCAUAUGAAGCUUUGGGUGCACUAAUGGAGCUCUCACCUUCCCGGAGCUGCUGGAACAGGGCAGUGGUUUGGGGGUGGGGGUGGAGAGGGGAACAAAGGAUACAAUAAGUUUGGGAGGUAGUUCUUAAAAAAGGCUGUGGAGGAGAAACCCUUAGUCAUUGUUCCUGGAUUCUGUAAAGACACUGGUUUUUAAUUCGUGGUGUGGAAAAAGAGCCCUCCUUUAAAAGGGGGAAGGAAAAUGGUUUGCAAUAAAUGACAUCUCUUUUUUAUGUUCCUUCAAAUAAAAAGACAAAAUUACAUCUCUGCUUUUGAUAUUUGGAUUUUUUAAACUUUUUGUUCCCUUUUAUUUUAAACAAAUGUAUACUUUUAGGACCGUUCUGUGCUUCUAGGUUCUGUCAUCACUAUGUACCUUGUUUUGGAAAAUGUGUUUUUUGUUGUGGGUGUGUCAUGCUGUAAAUAUUUGUUCAUAAUUUUUUGUGAAUUGAAUACUAUGUACCAUUGUAUUAUAGUAACUUUUAUAAAGCAAACCAUAAAUAU